UUUCCCCCUGGCUUCCUUUGGUAGCUUUGGACCCAGGAAGUGUGGGCCUGCAAUCAGCACCACAGCACAGCGAACACUGGGACCGUUGGGAUCCCUUCUUGCAGGGCACCCACCAUGGCAGACCCACAGCUGACCGAGAGCACCAUCACAGUGGAUGGGCAGACCCUAUUCUACCGGCAGGCUGUACCAGGCCAGCAGGCCCCAAAACUGGCUGUCUUGCUGCUGCACGGCAUUCGCUUCUCUUCUGAAACCUGGCUCAACCUGCAGACGCUGGCAAAGUUGGCAGGAGCUGGGUACCGUGCUGUGGCCAUUGACCUGCCAGGCCUUGGCAAUUCCAAGGAGGCAGCAGCUCCGGCCCCCACGGGGCAGCUGGCCCCAGGGGGGUUCCUGAAGUCUGUCUUCGAGGCCUUGCAUCUGGGCCCAGCGGUGGUGAUCAGCCCAUCCCUUAGUGGGAUGUACUCGCUCCCCUUCCUCUUCCAGCACAGCGACCUGCUGAAGGCCUACGUGCCAGUGGCACCCAUCUGCACUGAGAAGUUCACGGCGGCGCAGUAUGCCAACAUCAAAGCUCCCACGCUGAUCGUGUAUGGGGAUAAGGAUGCCCAGCUGGGGGAAGUAAGCCUGAACAACCUGAAGAACCUGCCCAAUCACAAGGUGCAGCUGAUGCAAGGGGCAGGCCAUGCCUGCUACCUGGACAAGCCAGAGGAGUGGCACCAGGGCCUGCUGGACUUCCUGAGGAGUCUGGAGUGAGGGGUGGCUGACCCCCUCCAUCACUGGGCUUCGGGGCAUGGAUUCUGGGCACAAUUUGGGUUUCUCUCUGCCACUAGAGCACCUACUUGAUCAUUGUCUCACUGCGGGCUGGCUGAGGGCCAUGGCAUGGCAAGGGCAACCAGGGGCCCUACUGAGAGCCAGGGGCUCCAUCUACUUCUUUCUCUUUAAAAUGAUUAGCAGCUGA